CAUGAAGUACGUUACAUUGAGACAUUACCAAUUAAAAGCACCGUUUAUUUGAAGCCAAGUGUUUACUCACCAUUUGACCAGGAGACGUUUGUGUGCGUGUUUGCUGACUAAGAAUGUCUGAGAAGGAAGUCGUGGAAAGAUACAGCCACAGCAGCCUGGUGCUUGUGGUCUACAUCCUCACCUUGCUGAUUGGCUUCCCCGCCAAUGUUGUGGCCUUUUACACCUUCAGCAAGAAGGUGAGGCAGAAAGCCAUGCCUGUCGACAUCCUGCUCCUCAACCUGACCAUCUCGGACCUCAUCUUCCUGCUCUUCUUGCCCUUCAAGAUCAAAGAGGCGGCGGACAACAUGAAAUGGAUCAUGCCCCACUUUCUGUGUCCAUUGACCAGCUUUGUCUUCUACACCACCAUCUACAACAGCACCUUCUUUCUUACCGCAAUCAGUGUCGAACGCUACCUGGGAGUGGCCUUUCCCAUCAAGUACAAACUAAAAAGACGGCCUUUGUACGCCACGGUGGCUAGCUUCUUCUUCUGGGCAAUCUCCAUGGCGCACAUUAGUAUUGUCUACAUCAUUCAAUAUUUCGACUAUUCCAACACCACCCGGACAGACCCUUUGAACCUGGACAUGUGUUAUGAGGAUUUCACCCCGGAGCAGCUGCAAGUCCUGAUACCUGUCCGUCUGGAGCUCUUCCUGGUUCUAUUCUGUGUACCUUUCUUUAUCUGCUGCUUCUGCUACAUCAACUUCAUCCGAAUCCUCUCUCAGCUGCCCAGCAUCAACCGCAAGAAGCGUCAGCGGGCCAUCGGCCUGUCUCUGGGGACCCUGCUGGUGUUUAUCGUCUGCUUUGCACCCUACAACUUGUCACACGUAGUGGGCUUUGUCAACUGGGAGAGUACCACUUGGCGGGUGGAAGCACUCUUGUCCAGUACCGUCAAUGCCAGCCUGGACCCCAUCAUCUUCUAUUUCUCCUCAGCGGCCCUCAGGUCUACCUUCCACCUCUUCAUGAAGAACCUGGUGGAGAGGAUGCAGCGGUUGUUCUUCUGCAAUAAGGUCCUCUACUGCCCCCUGUUGUUCUGCUCCAGAACUCAGAAGGACAGCACACCAAGCACCAAUGACAGCUCCUUAUAGUGUACGUGUCAAACUCAUACCACAGAAGACUGAAUGUCUGCAGAUUUUCGCUCCUCCCUUGUACUUGAUGGAUGAAUUAAGGUCACUAAUUAGUAAAUAGCUCCCCUCACCUGGUUGUCUAGGUCUUAAUUAAAAAUUAAAAAAUAAAACCUGCAGACACUAGCUCCUCCAUGGAAUGCGUUUGACACCCCUAUUAUAAUGUGUAGUCAAGCCAUAUGCUACACAUGCUAAAUGCUAGCCUGUUCAAUGUAUUUAUUGCACUUAGGUUCUUAUUGAAAAGACUGAGGACUUUGCUAUCGGUCUUUAUAAGUAGCCUAUACAUUAAUCAGUGCCAGUCGGUGCCAAUUAGGAUGAGGGAGGAUGCUACUUUUUUUAAUGAAUGUAUGUGUAGUAUCCAUUUAAAUGUGUAUUUAUACGCUUUUGAAAGUUUUAUAUUAUUUCUGUUCCCCUUUAUGACUUUUUUUUUACUGAUGACAUUAAAAUCUCUUUUUACAUCAUA